CUAAUAAUUGGUCCCUAAAAAAGGUAUAAACUCUGAAGGGCAAUAAGUUGUUAAAUCCUAUGAUAUCUGCUUAGUAAAUAUAUAGAAUACACGGAAAGAACCUGAUAACCACCAGCCGUCCAGUGCUCUCCUGUAAACUUAGUAAAAUGGCGCUUAUCAUGUUUUUCCCCUGAUGGACCCUUCAUAAUUAUAUGUAAUAUAGACAGUCCAACAUUUUUGAUUUUAUAAUAACUUUUGCUAACAUUUUAUGGUAGGUCCCUCGAUAUUAAAUUAAAUGGAAAUUUUAAAUAAAACUAUUACAAAUGUUUAUGCCAUAAUCAAGAUAUGUAGGUUAAUAAACAUAAUCCAAAAAAAAAACAUAUGUUAUGUUUUUAUUUUUAUUGUAUUAUAAGCAAAACUUUGUCUAAUCUCUAAUCACUAAUCAAAAAUUAUCUUCUAAUUUUUUAUCUGAUAAUAAAUUGCAUUUCUGCAUUUCCAAGGAAUCAGUGGCUAUUAGGAAAUUGAAAAAGCAUGUAGCAAUAACAAUUUUUCUGAUGUAGUGCAACAUGUUUCCUGUAAUUUUCCUAGCUAUUCCUGUAGCUAUUAGAAGUUUUACAAUUGCUAUUACUCCUGAAGAGAAACAUAUUGAACUGAUAGUUGUCAUAUGCGUAAUUAUUGCAUUUGUGGUGUUAUUAUUUGCAGGAUAUUUUUGCUGCGAAAGUAUUAAAAAAAGGAGGGGCAGAAACAGAGACAAAGAAAACCAAAAUAAAGGAAAUGUAAACCAUAAUCAGGCAGUAUAUUGUAGGUGCAGACGUACUAAAAAAAGGAGGGGCAGAAACGGAGACGAAGAAAACCAAAAUAAAGGAAAUGUAAACCAUAAUCAGGCAAUACAGAUAGCACCGCAUAUUAAAUAUUAAAAUAAAUUACACCGUAUGCUUUAUUUCUAAUAAACUAAUAAAAAUUGACGCAAAAUUA